CUUGGGCCUUCUUUGACCUCGGAAACUGAAAAUGAGGUUGCUAUGGGAACUACUCGUGCUGCAGUCAUUCAUGUUGUGCCUUGCAGAUGACAACACACUGCAUGGACCAGUUUUCAUCCAGGAACCAAGCAAUGUUGUUUUUGCACUGGAUUCUGAAGAAAAGAAAGUAAAAUUGAACUGUGAAGUAAAGGGAAAUCCUAAACCCACGAUAAGGUGGAAGUUAAAUGGAACCGUUGUUGACAUUGGUAUGGAUUACCGCUACAGUGUGGUUGAAGGCAGCUUGUUGAUCAAUAAUCCCAAUAAAACUCAAGAUGCUGGAACAUACCAGUGCAUAGCAACAAACUCGUUUGGAACAAUUGUUAGCAGAGAAGCUAAACUUCAAUUUGCAUAUCUUGAAAAUUUCAAAACCAGGACAAGAAGCACAGUUUCAGUCCGACAAGGACAAGGAAUGGUGUUGCUAUGUGGACCACCACCACAUUCCGGAGAACUGAUCUAUGCAUGGAUUUUCAAUGAAUAUCCAUCGUUUGUGCACCAGGAUAAUCGUCGUUUUGUUUCUCAAGAAACUGGGAAUUUGUACAUUGCAAAAGUAGAGAAAUCUGAUGUGGGGAAUUACACAUGUGUGGUGACAAACACUGUAAUCAGCAACAGAGUGCUAGGACCUCCUACACCUUUAAUACUAAGAAAUGACGGAGUGAUGGGUGAAUAUGAGCCAAAAAUAGAAGUGCAGUUCCCAGAAACAGUUCCAUCUGCAAAAGGAACAACUGUGAGACUGGAGUGUUUUGCACUUGGAAACCCAGUUCCUACAAUCAGCUGGAAAAGAGCAGAUGGAAAACAAAUCCCCAGAAAAGCUCGGAGGCACAAAUCAAGCAGUAUUCUUGAAAUCCCAAACUUUCAACAGGAAGACACUGGCCUCUAUGAGUGUGUGGCUGAAAAUGUGAGAGGAAGGAAUGUGGCCAGGGGGCAGCUGACGUUUUACGCUGCUCCCAACUGGAUUCAGAAAAUAAGUGAUGUUCAUGUAACUAUAGAGGAAAACAUCUUUUGGGAAUGCAAGGCAAAUGGAAGACCAAAACCUUCUUACAGCUGGCUAAAGGAUGGUGAAUCACUUAUCCCUCAGGAAAGAAUUCAGAUAGAGCAUGGAACCCUCACCAUAACCAGCGUGAACCUAUCAGACACGGGCAUGUAUCAGUGCAUGGCAGAAAACAGACAUGGGGUCAUCUAUGCCAGCGCAGAACUGAGUGUAAUCGCUGUGGGUCCAGAUUUUUCCAAAAACUUCUUGAAAAGAUUAACUCUUGUAAAAGUUGGUGGUGAAGUAACCAUCGAGUGUAAGCCUAAAGCUUCUCCAAGACCCACCUUUACUUGGAAGAAAGGAAAAGAGAUCCUAAGAGAAAAUGAGAGAAUAACUCUUUUAGAAGAUGGAACUCUGAAAAUUGCCAAUGUUACUAAAGCUGAUGCUGGAAGCUACACAUGCACAGCAGCAAACCAUUUUGGGGCAGCCAGCAGCACUGGAAGCUUGGUGGUGAAAGAUCCAACACGAUUUAUGGUGGCACCUAACAGCAUGGACGUCACUGCUGGUGAAAGUAUUCUAUUGCCUUGCCAAGUGUCCCAUGAUCACCCACUAGAUAUCAUGUUUACUUGGUCAUUUAAUGGGCAUGUGAUAGACUUUGAAAAAGAUGGGGAUCACUUUGAAAGAGUUGGAGGGCAGGAUUCAGCUGGUGAUUUGAUGAUCAGAAGCAUCCAGCUGAAUCAUGCUGGAAAAUACGUCUGCAUGGUGCAAACAAGUGUGGACAAGCUAUCAGCUGCUGCAGACCUGAUUGUAAGAGGUCCACCAGGUCCACCAGAAGCUGUGACAAUUGAUGAAAUCACUGACACAACCGCUCAGGUAUCUUGGAGGCCAGGAGCAGAUAACCAUAGUCCCAUUACAACAUAUGUUAUUCAAGCAAGAACCCCUUUUUCUGUGGGAUGGCAAGCAGUUAAUACAGUUCCAGAUAUCAUAGACGGUAAUACAUUUACAGCGACAGUGGUUGGUUUAAAUCCAUGGGUGGAGUAUGAAUUCCGAGUAGUUGCUGCCAGCCUUAUUGGAAUUGGAGAACCAAGCAGACCCUCAGAGAAACGGAGAACUGAAGAAGCUCUUCCAGAAGUCACUCCAGCUAAUGUCAGUGGAGGUGGUGGGACCAAGUCUGAGCUGGUCAUAACAUGGGAGACAGUUCCUGAAGAAUUACAAAAUGGAGGUGGGUUUGGUUAUGUAGUGGCCUUCCGUCCAGUUGGUACAAUAAGUUGGAUGCAGACUGUAGUGGCUUCUCCCGAUGCCUCCAAAUAUGUCUUUAGGAAUGAAAGUUUGCCACCAUUCUCCCAAUACGAAGUCAAAGUGGGAGUGUACAACAACAAAGGCGAAGGUUCUUUCAGUCCUGUCACAAUUGUCUAUUCAGCAGAUGAAGAACCCAGCAAAGCUCCAACCAACAUUGUAGCCAAAAGCCUUUCAUCUUCAGAAGUAGAAGUAUUUUGGUCCUUGCUGCUUGAAACCCAGAGCAAAGGAAGGAUACAAGGCUAUGAGAUUAGAUAUUGGAAACAUGAUGAUAAAGAAGAGCAGGCUGGAAGAUUGAGAACCACGACCAACCAGACUUCUGCAAAAAUCAGUCACUUGAAGGGGAAUGCUUUGUAUCACUUGGCUGUCAAGGCUUAUAAUACAGCAGGGAUGGGACCUUCCAGUGCUAUAGUCAAUGUAACUACCAAAAAGCCACCACCCAGUCAGCCCCCUGGAAACAUCAUCUGGAAUUCAUCAGACUCCAAGAUUAUAUUAAACUGGGAUCAAGUAAAAGCACAGAAUAAUGAAUCUGAAGUCAAAGGAUAUAAAGUUUUAUACAGAUGGAACAGACAAAGCAGUACAUCUGUCAUAGAAACAAACAAAACAUCUGUGGAGCUUUCACUGCCUUUUGAUGAAGAUUACAUCGUACAAAUAAAGCCAUUUAGUGAUGGAGGAGAUGGAAAUAGCAGUGAGCAAAUCCGAAUUCCAAAGAUAACAAAUGCAUAUGCAAGAGGGUCGGGCGCGUCUACUUCAAAUGCUUGUACAUUGUCAGCCAUCAGCACAAUAAUGAUUUCCCUCACAGCCAGAUCAAGUUUAUGACAAAAAUUAUCUAAAGGACUUCCUGUUUAUAAUAUAAGCAACAUUUAGCUAGUUGUUUUGAAGACACCCAGUACUAAGUAAUAUUGUUGUUCAAGUACAUCUUACUACUGGAAAGAAAAUGUUUUAUGCUUCUCUAGGAAUGGCAUUAUACAGUACUUCCUCAAAGCAAAUAUAGCUUUGUCUGAAGUUUCCUUGGAAACUCUGCAAUGCACUGAAAACAUCUGUAAUAUGAUGUUACCAAAGCAGUUUACAUAUGUCCUUAUAUGCAUAUUUUUUAUUAUAUAUUUAGUGUUUUAUAGACUUUUUUAAAGUUAACAUAUGAUGUAGAUAUUAAUUUCUUUUCCCUCUGCUAUAAAAUGCUAUUGAUGACAUUAUCGUCACAAAGAUAUAUUCUUUUGGAAUGUUCUAUGGCUGUAAAGUCAGAGCACUCAGUAAAUUGGUUUAAAUUGAUUGUAUAGUUUUACAAGAGUAUGCUCUAGCUAAGCUGUUUUGGUCUUGGUCUGUCCUUCAGGGCACCCAGAGCUCAUCCAGUAUGCAUGAAAUGGAUCAUUGGCAUUCUACAGAAAACCCACCCCCCUCAGAGCUCAGCCUGGUAUAUGCUGCAAUAUUGCUGAUUUGGUGAUAGUCUUCUGCACCUCGUAUACUAUUAUCUAGUGGCUCCUCCUAUCCAGGUAACUUCCUAAUGGAAGAAAAAGGAGUGAGCUGCUGAAUAAUUGUAUAUUUGGCAUGAGAAUGCCUCACUUUGAGAGUAGUCAAGUUGCAGGCAAGCCCCAGUGUAUCUAGCACAGUGACAAUGAAACCAGUUGAGAGAGGGGGUGGGGCAAGGAGGAAGGCUAAGUAAGGAUACCUCUAUGAAAAUCUCCAUGUCACCAUUUAAAGCAGUUUAGAUGGCCUUGGUUAAAUCCAGCACUUUUAUCAUACAAUAUUCCAUACUGGACCAAACAUUUGAAACAAAUCCAAAAUAUCUUGCAAUGCAUUUGCUUUUUAGUUUGUAUAAAUGAACUGCAUAAUAUCAUCUAGCCAGUGUUUAAUGAUGCGCAGCAAUUUUUUUUAAUGUUCUGAUUUAGCUUUUUCUAAAAUUUAACAAACUUUUUAAAUUAAUGAUAAUUUCAUAUAGUUGUCAUCACUAAUGUAAUGCAGACCAGAAGUUGAUAUAGUAAAGAACAAGAUUUUGAAUGUGGUAAAAUCUGAAAUUCCACCAAUUGAAUUACUGAUGUUAUUCUGGAUUUGCACCAUUUUAAUCAAGAUUUUGCAAGUCUUUGAAAUGGAAACUGAAAUAUGCUAUUUUCCACGUCUGAAUAUGUAUUUCUUUUAACAGGUACAUGUUAACUGUAAUUCUCUAUAGACUGGUUUCAUAAAUUAAUUAUAAAAUGAUCUAUGUUUAUAUGAUCUUGUUUGAGUAUAGGACAUAAAACUAAAUCUAAUAAAUAAUGUUCUAGUGAAUACCUCUCUAAAAAGGCUUUUUCCAUUAAAAAUCAUAUGUAUGUCUGGGUGUCUCUAUGCACUUCUAAAUAAUUCUUCUGUUUUAAGAUUUCAAGUCCUCCAAGCUUACCGCUUGCAUGGGGAAAACAGAGCCUGCCACCUUAAGAGUGCUCUGAAGAUCAAAGCUGGCAUUUUCUUGACAGCGCUAGUCUUCAUACAUAUCUAGCGUGUUUAUAAAAUCACAUUCAAAUGUGUACUUGACGGCAACCCACCGUAUAGUUUUCUCAUGCCACUUUCAUUCACUCCAGCAAGAAUUCUGCUGGAUCAGAGUUUGUGGAAUGCCCAGAUCAGAGACUCCAGUGUGCAUGCAGGAGCUUUCAUGCACACACAAAGUUCUACACAAGCUCUUGGACAACUCUGUGCAUGCACCAGAGAAGACUUAGUUUGGAAUCAAAAUUUACAAGAAAAAAAUAUAUUACUAUGAUGAAGUUUGUUAUAACGGGAAACUUUUGUAAGUGUAGUUCUAGUGGGAGAAAUAAUCCUUAAAAUGGAAGUGGAUUUUUUAUUAAUUUUUUCAAAGUCUUAAAAAAUGCACUGCAGAGGUUUAUGAUUUGUUUGUCUGGAUAGCUUAAAUUUGCCUGUAACUUAUUCUUUUUUUGCUCCAAAAUGAUACAAGCUAACUUUUAAACUUUUCAAAAUAUAUUUAUUCAGUAACUCAUAAUCAGGAUUCCACUUGUGUAAGUUGGGGGUGUUAACCAGAGAAAUAUGUCAGUAUUUCAAGCUGUGUUCCUUUCUUAGUUUGAUAUGGUUACUUCUAUGUAAAAACAAAAAUGAAACAAAAAAAAUCCACAAAAGAAAUAAAAUGAAAGAAAAAAAGCCUAUGUAGUUUUUCUCCCCAGUGUAAAUGAUAUU